AUGGACCAAUUCGAGUCUACAACAUCGAGUGAGAAGAUUGUGUGCACUGAUGGCUAUCCAACAGCAUGGUAUGCACCGACACCACUUGCCUACAACACUCCCUUCAUGACACCGUUCCCUGCAUUCAACCAGUAUGACUUGACUGGAUACUCUACUGGCACAGCUCAAUGGCCAACACCACCGACAUACCAUGACCUGGCCAUUCUUCCCGCGGGCCAUGCGAACAACCUGAUUGAGAGACCUCGCAGCAGCCCUAGCACUUUCGGACCUUCACCCAAUGAGAUCAUCUGGCCAGAGAACCCUCUCGGCAUCCGUUUCCCAAUGAGCGAGCCUCAGAUGAUCCCAGCUACCACUGCCGUUCCCACAGCGACUUAUCAGACUCCUGCAGCAGAAUUCACCACUCCCAGCCCACCACAGAGGCGCAGCUCAGCAGACACCCAACGCUACUACCCGUCAAUCGCACCCAACCCUGCCGGCCUUGUUUCAAAACGCCGUCAAGAACAGGAAGAUGAGGAUGCCAUGCUCCGCUCAAACUCCAAGCGCCGCAAGCGCACACCCUCGCUCGAGCAUCUCAACGAUGAAGAGCGUCUUUUGAUUACAUUGAAAGAAGACGAAGCCCUACCUUGGAAGGACAUUGCUGCCCGUUUCAGCAACCAGCUGGGCCAGUCAAUCACCGUUGCUACACUGCAGAUGCGGUACCUUCGCCUGAGACAGCGAUUCCGAAACUGGGAAGAGCGCGACGUCGAGGCGUUGAGACAGGCGCACGAGUAUUGGGAGAAGUGCAAGUGGGACAUAAUCAGUGCNAAAGGCAAACACUGCGCCCGCAAGUGGGCGGAUAUCGCGCCUCAGCAUCUGCACACCAGAGGCCAGACGCCUCAGCAGCAUACACCUUCGUCUCAGCAACACACUCCGACACCCAAUUAUGCCACCAUGGCUGAAGGCUUUACGAACUAUGGAUAUGCUCUUUCCCUCUGA